AUGUAUUCUUGGCUUGUGACACUGAGUCUCUUUAUUGGUGCUCUCGGAGCCUUUUAUGCAUUUCUUAUAUGGAAUUUAGGCAGUUGGAAGAAACGUGGUGUUCCAGAGGCUAAAUCAUAUCCAGGAAUUGGAACAUUUCCAUCGUUAUUUACCCAGAAACGCAAUAUUGUCUACGAUGUUGAUGAGGUCUACAGAAAAUAUCGCAGCUCAAAUAAAUACGUUGGUGUCUACAAUGGCAGAGAACCUCAAUUGUUUGUACUGGAUCCAGAGCUUGUGCAUCGAAUUCUUGUUAAUGAUUUUAAACAUUUUCAUGACAAUGCCAUUGGCGAUACGUUUGACGAAAAAUCCGAUACAAUUCUUGCAAAUAAUCCUUUCAUCUUAAAAGGAGAAGAAUGGAAGGAAAGACGCACUGAGGUAGUGCCGGGAAUGUCACCAAAUCGGAUAAAAAAUGUCUAUCCCGUAACACUGGAGAUAUGUAAACGCUUAACGGAUUUCGUAAGGCAACAGGUUGAAGAACACAAUAAAAAGGGUAUAGGAGCCUAUGAGCUUUUCCUACGUUACACCACAGAAGUGGUGAGUGCUUGCGUCUUGGGAAUACACAUUGGAACGUUAAACGAUAAACCGUCCAGUUUUCUAGAUAGAAUCAAAAACAUCUUCAAACUAACACCCUCACAGAUUGCGUAUCAAAUUACUGUUGCCUUCAUACCCAACCUCAAGAAGAUAAUUAAAACGAAAUUCUUUACCAAAGCGAAUGCCCAGUAUUUCUUCAAUCUGAUGUCCGAUUCAAUUGAACUGCGUCUAAAAGAAGGCAAUACUAAUCGUGCAGAUUUUUUGAAUUUUAUACUGCAAUUGAAGGAGAAGAAAAAUUAUUCAAAUGUGAUUUUAACGGGACAUGCUAUGACAUUUUUGACCGAUGGAUUUUUGACAACAUCACAUAGUAUUGCCCAUUGUUUGCUGGGGUUGGCUAGAAAUCCCAAAGCCCAGGAGAAAUUACGUGAGGAAAUUCUCAGCAACAUUAAUGAAGUGGGUGUUGUAAGUUUUGAAAGUCUUUCGGAGAUGCCGUACUUGGAUGCUUGUUUUAAUGAGGCCAUCCGCCUAUUCUCACCCUUGUCCACGAAUACUAAGUUAUGCACCGAACCCUAUGAAUUUGUGAAUUCCGAUGGAUCAUCUUUUGAAAUGAAAAAGGGUGAAAUUGUUUUUCUAUCCUAUCGCAGUAUACAUUACGAUGAGCGAUAUUAUCAGAAUCCCGAAGAAUAUAUACCGGAGAGAUUUUUACCCGAAAAUGGUGGAGUAAAGAAAUUCAGAGAACAAGGAAAAUAUUUAGGUUUUGGUGAUGGACCACGCAUUUGUUUGGGAAUGCGUUUUGGUGCUACCCAAGCUAAGGCAGCUAUUGUGGAAAUUAUUAGAAAUUUCCAUGUGAAAGUUAAUGCCAAAACUCGCAACGAUAAUUUAUUAGAUAAAAGAGAAUUUUUGGCCCUAUUGGAUGGUGGAAUUUGGUUGGAUUUUGAACGAAUAAAAUAA